CAAGAUGGUUGAUUCUAAGCAGAAGAGACUACACAGAAAUCUGGAAGACCCAGGGGAACCCCAAGGCUCAGGUGCCCACAUGAUCAGCACAGCCAGGGUACCUGCAGAUAAGCCAGUACGCAUCGCCUUCAGCCUCGAUAAUGCUUCAGAUGAUACACCUCCUGAAGACCCCACUCCUCUGGUCUGUCCUGAAUUAGACCAGCAGCUACAGCCUCUGCCGCCUUGUCAUGACUCCGUGGAAUCCAUGCAGGUGUUCAAACAACACUGUCAGAUAGCAGAAGAAUACCAUGAGGUCAAGAAGGAAAUUGCUCUGCUUGAGGAAAGAAAAAAGGAGCUCAUUGCCAAGCUGGAUCAGGCAGAAAAGGAGAAGGUGGACGCAGCUCAGCUGGCUCGGGAGUUCGAAGCACUGAUGGAGGAGAAUCGGACAUUGAAGCUGGCCCAGUCACAAUGUGUAGAACAACUAGAAAAGCUUCGAAUACAGUAUCAGAAGCGACAGGGCUCAUCCUAACUCUAAGUCAUUCAGUGUGAGCCUAACAGUUUGGUAACCACCAUGUGCUGGCCAAAAGAUUCCCAAAGGGGGAGUGAGUAAAAUCUAUUGUCUCCUUCUUACCCACAUGGCAAACGUCUAUAAUUAGUUUAAUGCUUGCCAGAUCUAGUUUGAGAGAAGGGAUAUUUUAUUUUACAUAAGGUAAUUAAAGCAAACCAGUCACUGCUAUAUGUUUUCAGAGAUCAUAAAAAAAUUGCAAAGAUUUUUUUUCUUAUUUAGAAAAAUAUGAUUUAUACUGUACAUCAGGGCAGAAAAUAAUAAAAAUAAAAUAUUGACUGACUCCGCUAAGGAUCAUGAAGAGAAUUAAGCCAUGAAACAAACCCAUAGGGUGCUCACUGCAGUUUGACAUCUGUGUAUUUCUAAAUUUCAUGUUUUUAAUAUUUCAACUGUGCUCAAAUCUGAACUAUCAGAAACUUCUCUGCAUGUAUUUAUGUUCACCAGAGUCAGAUUUAAUUCAUCAAUGACUGAUUGGACUAAGAAGAAAUGGUCGCAUAUCAUAAAAGCUUUCUCAUGAAAAUAUUAGCAGAAAGCAUGUUUUGUGCCAAAAACACAUUUGCCAGUGUGAACUUGCUGUUGUAAUAAAAAGCUGAUAAGGCUGCAUUUUCUUCUUGCCCAUCCCUUACUUCCCUGUCCACAUCUCUGCCUCUGCUUGUGUGUGUUCUGGGGGCACGGGGGAAAUGGAAAAGUACUGUUUGGACAUUACUUUGGUGAGUUCCCAUGAAAACAGCAGUUAAAUUAUAACUAUGACUUUGUUUCGGAUUAAAGGAGAUGUUUUGGGUCACUACAAACUAAUAGGAACAUCUAAGUAAAUUCAGGAUUAAAAAGAUUUUUCCCUUGUUCUUCCUAUUGCUGUAUUUUCCCAAAUUGAUCUCUUCAUUUUAUGUCCAUUUCUAUUCAUGUAACUUCUUUUUCAUUAAACAUGGAUCAAA